CUCAGUCACCUACAUCAAGAAACCAGCGAAAAAGAAAUGUCUCUUCAGAUUUCAACAAUCCCAUCUUCUUCUCCUGUUCAAAAAACAAGCCACGUUGCUGAACGCCGAUCAGCAAAUUUUCAUCCGUCCGUAUGGGGGGAUUAUUUUCUCAAAUAUGCUUCCGAUUCCAACCCAAUGAGUUCUGAUGCCAAAGCAAAGGAUCGAAUUGAGAGAUUGAAAGGAGAAGUGAGGAAGAUGUUGACAGAUGCAAUGGCUAAGCCUUCGCAGAAAUUGAACUUGAUCGAUCAAAUCCAACGCUUAGGAAUUGCCUACCAUUUUGAAACUGAGAUAGAUAAGCAGCUGGAACAAAUCCACAGAAGCUAUUUCGAAUUUCACUGUGGCGAUAACAACGAUCUGCACACGAUCGCUCUUCUCUUUCGAUUGUUGAGACAACAAGGUUACACAAUUUCAAGUGAAAUCUUUAACAAGUUCAAGGAUAGCGAAGGUAAUUUCAGCAAUUCACUCAUCACCGACGUGCAGGGACUACUUAGUCUAUUUGAAGCUUGCCAUCUUCGGUUUCAUGGCGAUGAUAUAUUGAAUGAUGCACUUGCUUUUACUAUAACUCACCUCGAAUCAGUUGAUGAAGGAAAAGCAAACCCUAGUCUCAAAAAACAAGUGAGUCACGCCCUAAACCAGCCAAUCCACAAGGGAAUACCAAGGCUAGAGGCGAAGCAUUACAUUCCACUCUACCAAGAGGAGCCUUCGCAUAAUGAAGUCCUGCUAUCUUUAGCUAAACUCGAUUUCAACUUAUUGCAAGUGCAACACCAGAAGGAACUCGGCAAGCUUACAAGGUGGUGGACGGAUUUAGACGUAGAAAGGAAGUUCCCAUUUGCUAGAGAUAGGCUUGUGGAGAUGUAUCUCUGGAUGUCAGGAGUUUAUUUCGAGCCGAAUUAUGAAGCCGCUAGGGAAAUACUAAUCAAGGUGGUCUGCAUACUUUCCAUUAUCGACGACAUCUAUGAUGUCUAUGGCACAUUGGAAGAACUGGAACUCUUCACGAAAGCAAUAGAAAGGUGGGACAUCGAUGCCAAAGAUGGAUUGCCAGAGUACAUGCAAGCAUGUCACAAGACAGUUCUUGAUUUGUAUGAUGAAAUUGGCUAUGAAUUGGCUAGAAAAGGACGAUCAUACCGCCUCUUCUAUGCGAAAGAAGCAAUGAAAAGACAAGUGAGAGCAUACUUCACUGAAGCCAAAUGGUUCCACCAAAGCCACAUACCGAUGAUGGAGGAGUACAUGCCCAUUGCAUUAGCAACCUCUGCUAUGGAAUUUGUACUGGUGACGUUGUUGCUGGGAAUGGGAGAUAUCGUAACAGAAGAUGCUUUUGACUGGCUGUUACACGGUGACUCUAAGAUAGUGAAGGCUGUGAAAGUAGUUGGUCGGCUCAUAGAUGACAUUGCCGGACACAAGUUUGAGCAAGAGAGAGGUCAUGCGGCAACCUCAGUGGAGUGUUUCAUGAAACAACAUGGGGUUACUGAGGAAAAGGCAAAGGAGGAACUCCGUAAACAGGUGGCUGAUGCAUGGAAUGACAUUAACGAAGGGCUGCGCCUCCCGACCAUCGUUCCCAGGCCACUCCUUGUGCGAUUUCUCAAUUUUACACGUGCCAUGCAUGUGGUGUAUAAAGAUGAGAAAGAUCUCUACACUCAUGCUGAGACCAAGUUCAAGGAGCAUGCGACUUCUCUGUACGUCAACCCAUUGCCAAUGUGAUGGCUUGGAAGAACAAGUUUAAUUAUCAAGCCCUCGUAGAUUGCAUUAGACAGUUUUCAAAUCUGCUCUUUGUACGAUUUGAAUUGCGGGUCAACACUUGAUCGUUGCUCUUUCCAAGAACGUUAUCUUAUCCCACUUGUUGUUCUACAUGAU